ACAGUUGGUAGUACCGAUUAAUUGAAGUUCUACUUCAUUCUAUUUAUGUGUUUAUUUUUGCUCUUUACAUCGCAUAUUUUAUUAUUAAAGGCGUAAAAAUGCCUUAUCCAGCUGUAGCUGUGGUUGUAGCGGCUGGUGUAAUAAUCGGAGGUAUUUUGUAUUAUCUUAAUCAAAGUUCUCAAGCACAAACGUACAAUUAUGAUCGGUCUCCACCUCGUUUCCGAGCUCCUAGUCCUCGUAGAAACAGUAAUAAUCGUACUUCAAGCAAUAAUGCCCGCAAUAGGAGAAGAAGCCAACAGGAGCCAACCACCGUCUGUGUUAUAUGUUUCGAUAAAUUUGAAGAAGAUUCUCAAAGUGUUAUUACUUUGAACUGUCAGCAUAAAUACCACUAUUUUUGUUUACAGGAGUGGUUUGAGAAAUCAUCUAGAAUCUGUCCCAUUUGUAGAGAGACAAUACGGAAUUAAUUAUAGUGAUAAAUUCAUGAAUGAUCUGUUUAAUUAGUGUCUUGAACUCAGCAGCUAAAUGACUAUUAUUAUAUUGGGGUAUUUUUUUAAUAAAAAAUAAUUAAAGAAACA